AUGGUCAUGUUGAUUCAUUUGGUGUAUAUACUCCUACUUCACCUUACACGCUUUGCCGAUAGUGCAAGUAACGGAGAUGAGGCAUGGAACUCCGCACAACGGUUACUUGGCAAGCUACCAAUUCCUCAGGAUCUAAGACGAAGCAAUGCUCUCGAGUAUGAUCCAUUUGCAAAUUUCGCAGAUGAUCGAAUAAGGCUCACAAUUCCUAUGGAUUAUUACGAGGGACAGAGAGAAAGGGAGUAUUACAAAUUUUGGCAAGACUCAAUCACAGAGGCUCAGAUGGAGUUUUACCAAUUGUUACAACAUGCCAGCCUGGAAGGAUCACACCAAUCAGAUGCUCAUUGGGUAUUAAAGGAUAUGUUCUUGUAUGGUAAGCAUUGCUUUCCUCACAAUAAGACUUUGGCACAUUAUCACCUUGAGAAGUUCAAUCAGCUUACCGAGGGAAAGAACUCCACUGCUCUUUUUGAACUCAGUGUCAUGUAUUCUACUGGAUUUUUUGGAACUAUUGAGAAGGAUACCGCCAAAGCCCUGAUCUAUCUACAGGAAUCUGCACGUUUAGAAAAUCUACAAGCUAAACAAGCCUUAGCUUACCGAUACGAUCGAGGAGUAGAUUUGAUUGAAGACAAAUCGAAGUCUCUCAUUUUAUAUGAGAGUAUUGCGAACACUCUAAGAUCGAAGUACUCCUAUGAAGAGUGGUUCAUUAAUUUCCCCAUCAUAGAGUCAUAUAAUGUGCAAAUUCCUGAUCUAACAGGAGAAGGGCUAAUGGGAUCACAAAGGAUACACCAUCAUAGCUCUGCCAAGAGAUUAACAAAGAAAAAACCAAAGGAGGUGGAGUCUCUUUUCCCAAGCAGUGGAAAUGGUUUCGCUGAGUACGAUGAGUUCUCUAUUUACCAACAGGAGGAUGAUUUUGAAACGGAUAAAAUCAGCGAUAUUUACUACGUUGCGCUAAACAACUUUUACGGAUCAUAUACGAUACUUAGAAAUCCAGAAGCUUCUGCAUCGAUAUUAAACUUAACUUAUGCAAAAUACAUUGAUAAAGUGUCUACAAUGGAGCUAUUCUCGAAAUUCUAUUUUUCUUUGUGUGUAGAAUUGUUGGGAAUUCAUUAUCUCAGAGGUGAAGGUGUUGAAAGAGAUAUAGAUUUAGCUGAAAAGUACUUCAAGCAGGCAGCUAUACUUAACGAGGCUGUAAAGGGACACAAUUCGGCAAACGAAUAUCUUGGUGUAAUUGCUCAGUACUAUAGAAAUGAUCCAAAUCGAGCCCUAGAAUUCUACAAAAAACAAACCAUCUUUAACAAUGGCUUAGGCUCCGACAAAUUUCAUCUUUGGAAACUAGGAUGUGAUAACCCUUCCCUUCUUCGAGAAGAUGAAAUAAAAGAUGCAUUGGAUCGGUCAGUAGGUAUGGGACAUAUACCAUCGUAUUUCGAAAAUGCUAAACAAUCCAUACGAGAACACACAACAUACAAUUAUAAUUACCCACUGGAAAACUAUAAGGAGUUUGUGGAGAGCAAUGAACAAUACAUGGCCCCAUAUUUGAAGGAUGCAUUUCUAGCACUCUUAAGAGGAGAAUCUGAGGUAGCUCUAUGGUAUUAUUCAAUGGCCGCAGAGCAGGGAUACUUGAAUGCCCAAGUCUCAGCAGCUUGGAUUAUGUACCAACCAAACAGACUAUUCGAAGAUCCUCCUAACAUCCCAGAGGCUAGAUGGCAGACAGCAUUGCGUUAUUAUCUACUCGCAGCUCAACAGGGGUCUAUCGAUUCUGCUACCGUUGCAGGAAACAUGUAUUUUGAAGUUGGAGAGUAUAAAAAGACCGUUGAAUUGUACAUGAAGCACCAAAGAUACUUUUUCAAUAAGCACAGAACGUAUUUCUCGUACAGUUCUCCAAAUAUUUGGAAUUUAGGUUAUAUGUACGAGCAUGGUCUCGGUGUGGAACAGGACUUCCAUCUUGCCAAGAGUCUUUAUGAAAGACACCUCCCUGACUCAUUGGCACUUAAACUAACUCUUCUGAAACUCUACGUACAUUGGAUACUAUCAUGGGCUUCAAAGAAGUUUGCAUCGUUGAAUAUAUCGAAACCUCAUAGAAGCAGGUCAUCAGAUUGGACCAAUUUGUUUUAUAAGAAAAGAAUAUCAUCAAAACAUGUAAGAGAGGGCCCACGUAAUGGUCCGAAAACUUCCCUACUUAAGACGGUUGGAAAUAUAAAGUGGCUCAAGAAAGUCACAAAAUUCAUCAACUGGGUUAUAUUCGACAUGAACGAGGAUCUACUAAUGAUUAUUAUAACAUUAGGUAUUAUUCUGGGCUCGUUUAUCGUUACAUUUUUCAGAGGAAACUUAAAUAUCCGGGUUAAUGGGGUUCCUAUAAGGCGUAACAACAAUAACGACGGCGAUGGAGAUGCUAACUUGGAUGCUGAAGCCCCUGGGGGUGAUCUGAACAUCAUGUUCUUUGCCAUAUAG